AUGAGCGGCCGAGUCCAAGGAACAUCGACCAACCAGCGCAACGACUGCUCACACGAGAAGAUGGCCGAUGACACACCAGAAGCAGCAACGAUUGAGGCGCUUGAAGCUGACAUACAAGUGCUGGCAGACCACAUCAAGGACUUGCAAGAUGCGCUCGAUGAAAAGACGACCGAGAGCGUGCAUUGGAAGACUGCCUAUGAUCGCGUUCAUGACGACCAUGUGGCCACGACCAUGGCGCUGGCGACGAUGCGGCAGACAUUGCAAGCGAGCCAGCAAACCACAAUGGACGUCACUUUUGAGUUGGCGCAGCUCCAGCAGUCAAACGCAAGGACCGAGGACUCUUCAAACGACAUGGCGCGGGCGCUACGCCAGCAAGAGACCAACGUCCACCGCCUCGAGCAAGAGCUUCGCGAGCUGCAACGACGGCAGGAGCAGCACGAGCGACUUGAAGCGCAGUGGGCGCAAGAGAGAGCCCAGUUGCAGCAGGUGCUGCAGCUCGAGAAGGAUCGGCGCAUGGACCUGGAAGCCGAUGUCGUGCACCAAAAGCACCUCCACCAAGUGGCCAUCGAGGAGCACGUCGCGCAGCAUUCAAAACAUAGAGACGUACUCGCGAGCUUGCGCCAAGACAUUGCGCACCUUGAGAAAGAGCUUAUGGAGGCACGCGCGCCGCCAGUGCCAUGGGCCCACCGUAUGAUACCACCGCCGGCGCCACGCGUCGCACCACCACGGACGAACGUCGAUCUCGUCGAGAUACCGCUCACCGAGUCGGUUUUGCCCAAUCGAGUCGAUGACACGCACGUCAAGUCCUCAACGUCGUCGCUCGCCAAGCGGGCCAUGCCCAAGUUCGCCCAGCACGUCUUUCCGAGCCCUACGUAGACCCUCUCUUCGCCAUCGUCUAAGACGACUAGGAAACUGUACAGUAACUUAUUGCUCGGCUUAUCGGUAUUUUCAUGACA